AUGCGACUUAUUCUCUGGGCGCCUAUCCUUGCCGCCGUGGUAGAGGCCUUGCCUGGUGCUUCUUCCAGCUCUGCGUCACCUAGCUCCUCCCCUUCCAGCACCUCGUCCGCUAGCUCUGCUCCUACCAGUGUUAACGAUGGGGAUAUGCAACAUGCCUGCGAAAUCGGCGGCCUUACGUACGACAACUGGAAAGACUUCGACAUGGGCUUCUUCGUGAACACAACUUCGAAUAUGUGGUGCAGCGAUGAGGAGAAAUGUCCUUACGGGCCUUACAAAAACCCAUGGCCACAAAGCCUGUCAACUCUCUUGCCAGACCAGACAGUCUGGGAAUGUGAGAUGGACAAUGACGACUGUGACGCCCCCAAAAAGGCUAGUUGGUGCAGCAACAACUUGCAUGCGCAGGUCGUGUUUGCCCUGCAAGCCGUUAAGCAUUUCCAUGAUUGGGUCCGGCGGGUUGACGAUGCAAUUGGCGAAGCACAGCUGGAGUACGCAACUCUGCAAGUCUCGAUUGUCGAGAAAUUCACCACGCACGACGUCAGCCAGGACACGACGCAAGCCACAGCAUUCACGAUUGCAGCGGGUGUCUUUGGAGUUGUGGCCGCUUUCUUAGGGCCCCUUGCGCCUCUCGGAAUUGUAGCUGAGGGUGGUAUUGCAGCAACCGCUGUUACUGUCGGUGCGGCAGCUGCGGGUGGAAUCAGUGGUGCUAAUACGCUGGGGAUUGCUGCGACAAACGCAAUGGCGCCUAAUAUAGCAGAAACACUGCAGAGGGAGAUUACUGGCGUUGGAAACAUGAGCACAGUCAUGGAGGCUUCCUUCAAUAGCGCGCGUGACUCUAUCAUGAAAUAUGCUGGGCAAGCAAUCAAUGAGGUCCCCUCGAACAAUGACGGCUCCACGGGCUACUCCUACAAGGACCAGCCUGGUAGUGCACCAUCCGUAGUGAGCAGUGGUGCCUUUGCGGAGAUGAACAGUUAUAAAGACUUUGCCAAACUCAAGGAUAUUACCAAAACGAUAUCUAAUAUGGCUGCUAUCUCUUAUGUCUGGCGCAACUAUGAGAAGGUUUAUAUUGCAAAACUGGCCAAACGCUUCGAUAACGUGGACCCCUGUGAUAUCACGCUUGUUGACCUUCACCGAGAGUGCAAGGACGGCGUCGCUUACUUUUUUAUUAAGUGGCAGGACAAGUCCAUGGAAGAUCCGCAUUGGUCGCAGCCGAAGGGUCUCGACGCACUGGAUGAGUUUGACAACCUUGACCUGUACACGAUGGCUCAGGCUGCCGAAUAUAACCAGCAGAAAUACGGAUAUGACCAUGAUUGGGACCCCACGACCGCUAGCGAGGCCAUCAUGGUGAAGGACGCACCACCAGGUGCGAUGAUGAUCAACCUUCCUGUCUGCUAUAUGGAUGAUUAUGUGGCAUAUUAUGCGGGCAAAGAGUCGACUCACGAGACUGAUCUCAAGGCAAUUUUGCACAAGCAAUGCGCAGCUAUCCCUAAAGCUCUUAAGGACUGGCCGUACAAGUUCAUCGGAGACAACGACGUUGGAAACAAUUUCAAUAAGAACCCUUAUACAGACGAUGCUAAGGACUCCGUCAUCUACAGAGAUCCCGGUGGCGAAUUAAUCCAGGGCCCUCCUAAUUUGGACGUGGACUUCGACUAUGACUACAACUAG